CAAGCAAGGAACCCUGCGUAUUUGUGUGUGUGUGAAAGAGAGAGGAGGAUAGCUGCUGUGGUGCCAGACCAUAGUUUUUACGCUACUCUCCAACGUCUCGACCGCAUUUCCGGCUUCCAAUUGAUUUUGGGGGCUUGCGCUGCGUACCAGAAGAAUUGGUUUGCUGUUCCUUUCGUUCUCCCCUGUCCUCGGGCAGAAGAACAGUUAAAUGGUUUCUGCGGCCGCAGGAGCUGGCGAGAGGUAUUGAAUCAUCGGAUUGAUGGGUUAGAUCCCGGCAUUCGUGCGCGUCUUUUCUGUUUAUUGGGCUUCUACGACAGAGGGAUUUCGUCAUGAAAGAAUGGAUGCAGGAGCCGGCGGGAUUGAUUAAUGAGUUAGAUCGAUAAUCAGCUGCUGCGCCUUCUGUUUGUUAGUCUUCUACAACAGAGGAAUCUCAUCAGUCGCCAUGAAGUAUAUGGUAUUUUGUUGGGAAGACAUUGACUACGCCAGAGAAUUGAUACUUUAUUAUGUGCGGAGACCAGAAAAUGAUCAAUACAAAGUCAUAUAUUUUGAUGGUUGGAAUGGCAUGGGGGCGGCACCGGUCCUUAGAUCCGUAUCACAAGUACUUACAUCUAUGAAAGGCCCUCCUCUACAAUUAAGAUUUGACAGAAUGAUUUUCAUAGACUGCUCAGUGUGGGAAAGCCGAAGGGAAAUGCAGAGAAAAAUUGCAAAGGAGCUGAAACUUGACCAUAAAACCAUGACCAUAUUUGACGAGCAGGACGAGGAUGAUGACUACAGUGGAAAGGACCACCGCUCUAGGGAUUUGAUACAUAGUGUCUCAGCAGUGAUUGACCAAACCCUGGGGUAUAGAAGAUUUUUUAUGGUUUUUAUUAAUGGAAGUGAUGAUGAGGUUGAUGUAAGUAGAUUUGGUAUUACUCUUGAAUAUCGCAAUCACAAAAUAUUAUGGACAUUUGAAAAAAAAGGGUUCCUGACUAUUCAUCCCCGCUAUUCAGAGCUACGCAACAUGCUAAGACAUACUGACUAUUUUGUUACAGGCGGGGACGGGGUUGUCAGCUAUUCAAAGUUUCAUGCACUAUUGCGUGAAGAGGCUGCUAGCAUGGAUGCUUGUACGGAUUGUUGUUUGUACGAGUUAUUCAUGUAUUAUAAUUUUCACAACACCACUGGAUUUGAUAGGGUGGCUCAUGCUUCUAUGUGCUGGAUAUGUGAUGAUAUUGUUCAGGGAGAAAGAGCGAGGGAGAUUAGUAAUGCACUACAUCCAGAAAUAAGUUGGGACUUCGAUACAUCUAUGCUUGAUGAUGUGUUUGAAAAGUUCAAGGAAGAUCCAGAAAGUCCUUUUUUGGUAGUUAAAGAUGAUGGCAUCUUUGAAAAGAGACCUUACCGUUGGAUUUCCAUUACUACCUCGAAGAAUCUGAUAUUACAGGAGGACAUGCAAACUAUACUAGAAAGGGCAUCAUCUUUAUUCGUAGCAUUUGAAAAGCAUAAUAACCAACCAGGAUUGCCAAAUGGAUUGUUCAAGCACUGCAGCAACCUUAGCGUGCUAAUUCUUUCUUGUUGUGCCUUCAGUUUUGCAUCACCUCCUUUCCGCCACUGCCACACAGUAAGAUUCCUUGCAUUGGACCACUGCAGAGACGAUAACACAAGUGAAGGAGAGGAUUGUAUGGGGUGGACAUGUCUGCAUAGCAUGCGGGUGCUUGACAUUCGUUAUACAGAUUGGGAUGAGAUCUUGUAUGAAGAAAAGAUGGAUCUCAUGGCUAACCUCAGGGAGCUAAAUAUGGAGGGAGUUUGGUGCUGGCAGCACACAAGUCAAUUGCAAAGAAGACUACCUUACCUUCAGAGGCUCAGAAUAACCAAGCCUAUGCAUCAUGCUGAAGCAUCGUCAACAGCCAUCAACGACUUAUUCAUGGACAAGACAAAUCUAGAAAUACUUGAUUUGUCUGGCAACAGCGACAUGGAGAGUCUACCAGCAAGCCUAUCAAAGGCGAGCAAGCUUCAGGUGCUUGUUCUUGAUGGUUGCGAUGGGCUAGAAAAAGUUGCCAUGCCUGACAAGCUCCCUUCAUCCUUAAGGUCAUUCAGCUUUGAUGGCUACGGACCAGCGUCCCAUUGGACAUCUACUAUUGAGCUACCUCUAGAAAGUUCCCGUCCGAAGCCUCCUUCCGAUGCAAGUAAGAAGAAUGUCAAAACCAGUGAGAUAUCCCUACAAGGAUGCUCGCAAUUGGAGAAAUUGUUCUUGCGUGGGCUGCCCAAUCUCGUGGAGCUGGACCUCUCCGGAACCCCAAUAAAGAUACUUGAUUUUGUAACUAUGAUGGUGGAUGUCCCCAAGCUCAAGCGACUCUUUCUAUUGGGCUGUCAACACCUUCGUGCAAUAAGAUGGGACUCAAUGCACGAGAUAGAGUUGAUAUGCAUAGACACACGACCUUGGAAGACAGUUGGAUGUACUCGGCCACCCCUGGCCAAGCAUAAACCCUUCAAGUUGCAGGUGCAUGCUAUUCUUGGAGACGCGAGGCUUGCUAGGUCCUUGUGUUCUCCGUUACGAACUCAAGAAGACCGUUCAGAUGAUGUCUAUUUCAAUAUCCACAUAGUAUCUUCAAAUGUGUAUACUGAAUUUGUUCAACUCGAAGAAACCAGCAAAGAGGAGAUGGUUGGACCCACUAAUCAACGCCACCUUGCUCUAGCAGGCAAGUACGGAGAUGUCCUUACGGAGGUCGUUGGUGAUGCCCUGAUCCCGAUGCUGGCCUUCCCGCUGCCCCCGACUCAACAGUUUGAUCGCCAUGUCGAGAUUGGUGAUGGGAACCUCGGCGGGGAGCACGAGCUGGAAGCAUAUUAUGGUACUGAUAAUUUAGGUGUUGCGAUGGAACAGCAUGUCCAAUCCCUGCAUGUGCACGAUGUCUUGACCAGAGCUAGCAUGGGUGCACAAGAUUGGUAUAGCCUCAGGUGGUGCCGCGUGGAGAGGUGCCACAACAUGGAAACCGUCUUCAACCCUUUGCUCUCCUCUUUCUCCAAUCUGGAGACCAUGUGGGCAUCGGACCUCACAAUGGCCCUCUGCAUUUGGAGGAAAGGGUGGCGUUAUAAAAGUUCUCCCUUCGAAAAUCUGCAGCACCUGCAUCUGCGCUCCUGCCCAAGGCUCCAGUUUGUGCUGCCCCUGUGGCAGGCCUCAUUCCCCAACUUGGUGACCCUCCACAUCAUCCACUGCGGUGACCUCAUGCACGUCUUCGUACUAGACAAGUACUACGAGGAGUUAAAUAACAAAACCAUCCGCGGCGUACAGUUCCCGAAGCUGAGCAGCAUCCACCUGCAUGACCUGCCGAAGCUGCGGCAGAUCUGCGAGGUGAAUAUAAUGCUCGCGCCCGCGCUCGAGACCAUCAGGAUCAGGGGCAGCUUCGGCCUGCGCCGGCUGCCGGCCUUGGAGGGCCGCGUGCCAGGCGCGAGGAGGCCGACGGUGGAGCUAGAGAAGGACGUGUGGGACGCGCUGGAGUGGGACGGGCCGGCCGCCGGCCACCACCCCGACCUCUUCGAGCCGCCGGUGCACUCGCGUUUCUACAAGAGGCGCCUGCUCAGGGGCACCGUCCUCAGGUGAAUCCUAAACCGUGCAUCUCCUGCUGCAACGAGGGAUCGAUCGAGAGGCAUGUUCGACGUUUGAGAUGGAUCGGACGUUGCCACUCAUUGAUGCUGCGGUUCAUUUUGUGUGGUGUGCCUGCGUGGCUAGCCAGUCGGAGCUAGCUUCUGGGUUGCUUGCCGGCACAACUUCUGCCUUCUGGUGAGUUUGUUGUGCUUACACGGGCCAGCUCAGGCUCGCCCCUGCCUGUGUUGAUGGCCGGGUUGGCCUGCGCAUGCUGUGUGUUUUGGAAUAAAAAUUCGGCCUGGUUUGUGGUUGCACGCGUGUUGCGCGCGCUCAGAUCCGGCCGAUGUGUCUGGCUUGCGGUUGAAUUUGAAGCGGAGGGAAUCAGCAGCUGAGUGUGCCUGCGACCUGCCUGCCCACCUGCUGCAUGUGUGUUUGUGUGUGUGUGUGUUUGAUUUGUGUGGCUUGACGAGUGUCUACAAUGCUGUCGGAGACGGAGUAGCCGAUAAGCGGCAGCUGAAGUUUGAUGAACCACGAGACAGCUGGUUGUGUGCCUGAUGCCGGCUGUUGUGAUUUGUGAACCAUUAAGCUACGAUAUAUGAAGUUUGUGGUGUGUGAUUUAUUCUUGCACUUGGGAAAAGUGGUUGAGGUAUUGCAUUGCCGACAGUGAUUACUAAGUGCUA